AUGGUUCUUCUCACGUUUGAAAGCUUCCACCUUGAGGACGGUUAUGAUUUUUUGACCAUCUACGAUGGAGGCAGUGAUAGUGCUGCAGAAUUGAAGAGCCUAACAGGGGAAGUGCCAGUCGACCCCAUUGCCAGCACAUCUAACCAGAUGUUCGUGAGGUUUACAUCUGAUGAUAUUGAGACUGCUCAGGGUUUCCAGUUCUACUAUGCAGCCAUGGUCAUAGAGACUGUGAGUGAGGCUCAGACCACCUUAGAAGGCCAUGGCGACAUAAAACCUACCACCGAAAGGCAGGCUGACGUAGUCACGCCUCCUGGCGGUCUAACCACGGAAGGGCAGUCUGACAUCACGAUGCCACCUGGCGGUCCGACCACCGGAGGACAGCCUGACAUCACGAUGCCCCCGGGCGGUCCGACCACUGAAGGGCAGCCUGACAUCAUGAUGCCACCUGGCGGUCCGACCACAGAAGGUCAGCCUGACAUCACGAUGCCCCCUGUCGGUCCGACCACUGAAGGGCAGCCUGACAUCACGAUGUCUCCUGGCGGUCUGACCACCGAAGGGACGCCUGACAUCACGAUGCCUCCUGGCGGUCCGACCGCAGAAGGACUGACUGGCAUCACGACGCCUCCUGGCGGAAUGGCCACCACAGGACAACCUGAGGCCACUAUGCCUCCCCGUGGUACAGCUUAUGACGGUUAG